AGAUUAAUCCAAUAUGCUGCUAUCACGGCUGACCUCACAGGUAGCAAGAGCAUCACGGUUUACAGGUCAGUUAUUGUCAAGGUCAGCCACUUCGCUACUGAAUCCCGGCGCUCCUUCUGCGCCUUACAGCACACACCCUUCUAGCAAAAAUGGAGCACAGCCCCAGCAAAGGUACACACUGGACCCCGAACUGGAAGAGAUACUGGUGCCCCGGAAAAUGUCCAUCUCCCCCCUGGAGAGCUGGCUGACGGUCCAGUAUUCCCUCCCUAAAGAAGGAGUCCUCGUCAGCAUUCACGAGAGGCUGCAGUAUGAACCCACACAGCGGUUUGACCUGCCUCCAGGCCCCCGAGACCCGGAGGAGGAAGGAAGCGAACCGGCCAGAAAUAAUUUGGAGUGCAAGAACGUGCUGAAGAUCCGGAGGAGGAAAAUGAACCGGCACAAGUACAAGAAGCUGAGGAAACGUCGGAGGUUUGUGAGGAAGAAGAUCCUCGAAGGCCGGCGGAGGAGGAAACAGAGAAGGUUUGAAAAGGAUCUGGAGCGAAUCUGGAGGAGAGCUGGCUUGAAGAAGCCUCCAGAGGGUUGGGUAACGCCCAAGAUAUAUAUCAAGAAUGUGAAAUCUGAUUGAUGCAGCUUUGAAUGGGGUUUUGCCAUUUAAUUAAAAGGUUAUU